AUGAGCCGCGAGGGGCUGCGGAGGCCCCGCUCUAGCUCGGUGUUUCUUGAUCUCACGACCUUCCUAUGGACUGUGGAAGGAGGGCGGGGGGUCAGAGCUGGCCCCAGAGCCCCGGGAGCCCGGCCCGGGACCCGCUCCUCCUCCCGCUGCCGCGGCACCUGCCGAGUUUGGGUUCCCGCUUCCCCGCCGGGACGGGGCGUUCCCGGCGCUGCUCGCGGCGCCGCCCGGCCCGGCCGUCGGGGAGCGGGCGGUGGCGGCGGGACGGCGGCACCGGCGGCGCCAGCGGCGGCGGCGGCGGCGGGGCCGGGGGAGCCGGGCGGGAGGUACCGGGCGGCGGGAGCGGCGCGGCGCGGCGCGGCGGGAGGGGCGGCGAGCGCCCUGCCCGGGGUGGGAGCGGCGGCGGGACCCGCCGGGACGGAUCCGUGCGUGAGCGAGGACGGACGGGUCCGUGGGGGUGAAACCGCUCAAGAACUCACACAGUCACAGAGGAAUGAGAAGGUGCAGUGUUCAAACCAUGAUGCGACACAUAUGCUUGUUCUCUCCCCUGAUGGGAAGCUUUCCGAGCAGUGGGCUACAGUUUCAGCUGUCUGCUCUAAGACAAGGCUGGUGAAAGAACUAGGAAACCAAGUUAUUGUUCAAAUAGCAUGCGGGGACCAGCAUGCCAUGGCGCUGUCCAGAGGAGGUGAACUUUUCACCUGGGGCCAGAACGCCCACGGCCAGCUUGGAGUGGGGAUCCAAGCCAUGCUCAUCCCCCAGCCACAGAUGGUGCAAAGACUAAAGGGCCUCUCACUUGCUCACAUUGCUGCCGGGGGAGCUCACAGUGCUGCCGUGUCACUCUCUGGAGCUGUGUACUCCUGGGGAAAGAACGAUUUUGGACAGCUGGGACUUGGAGACACAGAAGGCAGGGCCUGCCCUUCAUAUGUUGGAGCGUUAGAGCACUGGAAGAAUGUAUUUAUCUCAUGUGGGGCAGAUCAUACUGCAGUUCUCUCCAAGGAGGGGUUGGUGUGCACCUUUGGAGCAGGAGGGGCUGGCCAGCUUGGUCACAACUCCACCCGGAAUGAACUCAUGCCUCGUUUGGUGGCCGAGCUGUGGGGAGCAAGAGUUUCGCAGGUUUCCUGUGGCAGACAGCACACCCUGGUCUACGCCCCCUCCUUGGACAAAGUCUAUUUGUUUGGUUCUGCUGAGGAAGGACAGCUGGGAGAUGAGAGAAAGCCUGAUCAGUUGAUACCACUUCCCAUCAAUUCAUCAGCGAAUACUGGAAAAUCCUCUCAGAAAAAGAACUGGUCAUGAAAGGUGAUUCAAAUUAUUGCAGUAGGAAACCGAAGUAUUGUCCUUUACAAGAAGAACAAGAAUUCCUAUUUGAAUGGAAUUGCCACUCUGAAGGAUAAGGAAGUGGACACCUGGAUUUCUAAUUCCAGUUCGCAACAUUGGGAGAGUAUAAAAAAGAAUAUCAGACUGAUCUUUUCAUCUGAGGCUUGCAUCAAUGGAAGCUUCCUGGAGAAAAGAGGCAAACAUUUCAAAACUUCCAAAGAAGUCUCAGGUGUAGACAUGUCAGAAGUGCAACGUUUUUAUAAGAAGAUCAGCAAGAAGCCAAAAGUCUUCCAGGAGGUGCAAAACGAGAUUGAGAAGUUACUGCCAUCAUUGUCUUCCUCUCCCAUCUCACCUGAAAAUUUCAGAGUCUACUUGAUCUUGCCUGUCCUUCUGCAGGGAGAAGAUGACAGUUCUUCCCAUUCCCUCGGGCUGCUAGCACAAGCCAUCCAGAAGCUACAGCCGAAGGACCUGCAAACUCUUGAAUGCCUGUGGUCAAAUCUAGGAAUACCCUUUUCCAAGGAGCUGGUGUUCUGUAUCAGAGGGUUUCCCAGAAAAAACCUGUCUCAAUUCAUGAAAGGUUGGAAAAGAAUCCCCUGCAACAUGCACCCAUGUGAAACAGACACUCUGUCAAUACUGCAGAUUCUUUACCAGGUGAACUCCAGAACUGGUUUCAGAGUACAAGAUAACAACUUCUAUGUGCCUCAAGUGAAAGAGAUUAUCAGAUUAUUUUGUUUCUUUAAUGUAGAAGCCUUAUGGAAGCUGACUGAAUAUCCAUGUAUCUUUGACAUGCAAGACAAGAUUGUAAUUCAUAACACAGAAUGCAAUGCCCUGUCCAGCCUCUUUACUUAUACAUACUUAAUACCGAUACGCCAGAAACAUUGGCUUUUUCCAGUCAGAAGACAGUGCCUUCUGCAAGACAGAAUGUUUAAAUGGACCCAUUUAAACAAUGCACCAUGCCAGCAAUUCAGGGAGAUCUUAACGGUGUCGUUCGUGGGCGAAGCGGGACUGGACCAAGGCGGCCUAUCCCAGGAGCUUUUCAGCGUCGCCGCCAGGACCCUCUGCCAGCCCAGCACCGGGGCCUUCCGCCACGUCGCUUCCGGCCUGGUGUGGUUCCCCAGCCAGGCCUCGAGCUGUGACAACACCUUUUUCCAUAUCGGGACACUGUGUGGCAUGGCGCUGUAGAAGAGGUGCACGGCACCCUUCCCCUGCACCAGGGCUCUCUACAAAAAGCUGCUGGGCCUGGAGCCUGCCCUGGAGGACCUCGAGGAGCUCUUGCCAGCCGCAGGCUGGAGUCUUAAGGGAAUUUUGGAUGAAGAAUGUGAUCAUGUCCUUGAGAGCCUGGGCAGGGACUUCACGAUAAUGGAAGAAGGGAUGGUGGUUGUUGAACUUAAAAGAAAUGGUGCCAACAUUCCUGUCACUAAGCAUAACAGGAAGGAAUUUGUUGACUUGUAUGUGAAUUCGGUGUUCAACGAGUUGGUACGGAAGCCGUUUGAGGACUUCAUGCAAGGGUUUUUAAGAGGCUGCCCAGCUAGAAAGUGGAAGAUGUUUCUCCCUAUAAAGCUCCAGAUUGUUCUCCAGGGACACACAAAAUUUGGCUGGCAUCUGCUGGAAAAGAAUGUAACAUACCACCGGUAUAAGUUAGAUCGAACCAUCUGGAAUUUUUGGACAGUGUUUCACAAACUCCCAGAAGAAAAGAAGAAAAUGUUUCUUGCUUUUGUGUCAGGGUCUGAUCAAAUGCCUGGCUAUGGAGUGGAACUUUUAAAAUUUUCUAUUAUAGAUCCUCAAGCAGAAAAUCCAGAUGAGCUCUACCCUUCUGCCAAUACCUGCAACCACGUUUUGUUCCUCUCCAGAUACAGCAGUAAAAGAAUACUCAAGAAAAAGUUGCUCUAUGUCACAGAGCAUAACGAACAUUUUGGCUUGUGCUAAUUCUUGGUCAGGCACACUUUAAAGCAAAAAUAAGGAAACAAGUCUUUGUUUCACUUGUCAUAUUUUUCUUUUAACAACUCCAAUUUAAUGGUUUCUACCCUGCCUUAUUUUUACUGCACUUUAUAAACACUUGAGCGUGUGUAUUCACUGAGAUUUUAUGUUGAUUAUGAAAAGCAGCUUAGACCAAGUACCUGAUUGCUGGAUUAUGAAGUUAGGAAAGAAGAAUCCUAUUUAACAUGCCUUCAAGAAGCAAGCUGAUAACCACGUAUAUUUACAUAUAUGUGCAUCAUGUCUGCACUGUGCUGGUCGUGUUUAGUUGGUGAGCUUUCAGCAGCAGGGAUUCUGUGGUUUGAAUUCUGCCAAACAUACAGCCAGUAUAUGCUAAGUAGUCGUUGCAAGAGGAUGCUAGGGUAAAGUUUUCAUCUGUAUUAGUUAAGGAUUCUCUUGGGGAGCAGCAAAUGCUAAGGAGACACGUUCCUGCAAACUGUGAAUUGGAAGAGCAGUCUGUGCUCACGUGGAUAUGGUCUUCGAUUUAUCUCAGAGAAGCUCUUAGGAUGAGGAUCUGGUCAUUCUUAGGCUUUGUCAAAGCUGUAUUUGUAAAGCAUUAAUGGACUUAAUUAUUUAGUGUGAUAACACUGUGAUAUUUGUCAUGUUUCUUUAUAUAUUCUAAGGAGAUGUUUGGCAAUCAAAAUAUUAGGCUUGCAGAACAGCUCUGCCUACAGAACCCUGUGGACAUGAGGCUUGUGGGGCUGCUGGAGGCUCGUUGUCAAAACAGUGCAUAGUAGUGUCAGGGUAUUGACAAUGUCAAGCAGGAUGUGUAUUUAUUUUUCUGUAUAUUUUGUUUUGUGUAAAAAUACAUGUCGAGAGAAAGAGAGAGACAACAAUAAUGAUUUUUCAGCAGUCCUCUUCCCUUUGGUAUGUUAAAUGUGUCAGUGGGCAUACAAAGACUUUUACUGUGUUGAAUUAAAUAACAAUUGAUUAAAUUUGCA